UUUUAUUUUUGAGAGCUGUUGUAGUGUACACUCCACACCAGCAGGUGGCGGUAAUGCAUCUUAACGUUGUUUGACAACUGCCAAAAAAUAACCAAGAAGAAGAAGAAGAAACAAUAUGGAGGACGAAGUGGAUGUUGACAUCGAAGGAGACGACUUUGACAGUAAUUUUAGUCAGCAGGACCCAGGAGGGUUCGUCCAGGACCAGUUCAUCCAGUCUGCGGGGAGAAGCAGCUCCUGUAUGCUGGCCUGGGAGCUGGACGGCUCCAUCAGCCCCGAGAACAGAGAGCUGAUCCACAGGAUGCUGCUGGAGGAACAAUAUUAUUUGACAGGAAAGGGGGUUCCUGACAACAUUCUGCAGAGUGAUGCCAACAGAAAGCUGAAAGUGAAGAAGGCUCCUUCCAGAGGCUCCACCUCAGCGUCGCGCUGGUCUAAGCAGGAGAAACAGCUGUUUGAGGAAGGACUGGCCCAGUUUGGUCACAGGUGGACUAAGAUUGCCAAGCUGGUGGACACUCGUAGUGUCCUCCAGGUGAAGAGCUAUGCCAGGCAGUAUUUCAAACACAAGAAAAAACCCAAAGCUGCAGCUCCUCCUACAGGUUCUGAGCUGCAGCCGGACCCCCCUCAGCCCACCCCCAGCUCCGUGUCCUUCCUGGACAACGCUGUCCGCAUAGAGGGGCUUUCUGACGACGAAGAUGUGGACAUCACCGAUGACCUGAGUGAGGAUGAAGGAGCAGACACCGGGCCACAGCAGCAGACAGACGCUGGGACUGAACCAGACAGUCCCUCAGAGGAGCAAACAGAACCGGGCCUGGCUUGGACUGAGAGCCAGGACCAAAGCUCUCCUCUGCAGACGCCUCAAAGUCUGUCCUCCAUGGUUUGCACUGAGGAAGCUGGAAAACCAGAGCAAGAUGAGACAGUUUUAGAGGAUGAUGAUGCAGAUGAUGGUGGAAGCUCUCAGGAUGAUGCUGAUCCUCCAGGUGCAGCUGAGUGUGAACCCACAGAUUCUGUUGGUAAGACUGAGGAGGACAAAGUAAAUAAAAACCAAGAGGAGGAGGAGGAGGAGGAGGAGGAGGUCAAGGCGCCUGAGCAGGAAUUAGAAAUGGACACAGAAAGGAUCAACGAGGAUGAGAAACAAGCCAUUCCUGAGUUCUUUGAGGGACGACCGUCAAAAACCCCAGAAAGAUAUCUGAAGAUUAGAAACUACAUCCUGGAUCAGUGGCUGAAGAGCAAACCCAAGUAUCUGAACAAGACGUCAGUGCGUCCAGGUCUGAAGAACUGUGGAGACGUGAACUGCAUCGGGAGAAUACACACUUACCUGGAACUGAUUGGAGCCAUUAACUUCAACUGUGAACAAGCAGAGUAUAAUCGCCCUAAAGUGGUGGAGCGUUGCAAACAGAAGGAAGGUAAAGAUGUGGUGGAGGCCUGUCAGCUGGCUCAGAGACUGCACAGCAUGCGGAGCAGGAAGAGRCGAGUGCGGGACAUCUGGGGGAACUGGCGUGACGCAAAGGACCUGGAGGGGCAGACGUACGAGCAUCUCAGCCCUGAAGAGCUGGCUCUGAGGAGGGAGCAGAUGAAGAAGCAUCCUAAACCCUACAAAAUGUCCAGACUCCACAGGUCUGUGGAUCCGUUUCAGCUGAUUCCCUGCAGGACGUUUGAAGACUCUGUUCAGGAGCCGUUCCAGGUGGUAGUGUGUGCUGAGACUCUUCUCAUCAUGGACAUGCAUGCCCAUGUGUCCCGAGCAGAGGUCAUCGGUCUGCUGGGUGGAACCUUCAGCCAGGAGGCUAAAGUGCUGAAGGUGUGUGCAGCAGAGCCCUGUAACAGUGUGAGCACAGGUCUGCAGUGUGAGAUGGACCCGGUGUCUCAGACACAAGCCUGUGACCUGCUGGCCUCCCUGGGCCUCAGCGUGGUGGGCUGGUACCACUCCCACCCCUCCUUCCACCCAAACCCGUCGGUGCGGGACAUCAACACGCAGGACCAGUUCCAGGGGUACUUCUCCCGUGGUGGAGCCCCCUUCGUUGGGAUGAUAGUGAGUCCAUAUAACCCAGCCAACACAUCCCCCUGCUCACAACUUACCUGCUUACUGGUGAUGGACGGCCAGGAGGCCUCGAGUCCCAGCAAACUGCCUUACAGAUUCAACUUCCUGACCUCACCAGACAUCCCCRACUGGAACCAAACCCUGAGGAGGGCUCAGUGGAUCGUUCACAAAUAUGCUCAGACACUCGGGAGUGUGCAGAUGGACAGAUUGUUUCGGACAGAGUCCAGCCUCACCUGUUUGGAGAAGCUGAUCUCCUCUGUGCAGAUGCUGCUUUCUCUGGCCGCUCACCUGGAGCCUCUUCCAGCUGGGGAGGGAGAGCAGUUCCUCACUCACGUCCAGACUCUGUUCCUCUCAGACUUUAUUUCCAAGCAGCAGUUCUCAGACACAGAAGAAGAGAAACCUGAGCCAGGACAUUCAGAUGAACCAGGUCAGGGUGGACCUCAGGAAGGAGGCGGGGACUCUGAGAGGGACAGCAGCACAGUGCUGCACUUAGGUUCUGUGUUGACCACGGGCCAUGACUACUUACUGUGAAGAACUGUCUGCCUAACCAACAGAGGUUAUAGCAGUGCUAUAAAUACAUUUUAUAUCAGUAUUAUUCACUUCUACUGUUAAAUGACUUGAUGUCUGGUAGUUGGACUCGUUUUUCAGCAGACUUCUUUUUAACUAAAUCUGAACAUUUAUUUUGUGUUUGUGACACAAACAAAUGAGAACGUCCUGAAUCCUGGUCCUGGAGGGAUAUGAUCCUGCAGGUUUAGUCUUUUCCCUGUUCUUCAGCAGGUCCUGUUCCUCCAGGACCAGAACGUAGGACCACUGCUCCAUACCUACAGGAUCUGACAGCUUUCUUCAGAAAAAAAUGUUGGAUCCAAAACCUACAAAAACCUGUUUGAGAGUUAAAAUCUGUAUAAAACAGUUGUUACUUUAUUCCAGUUCUGAGUUUUCACAAUGAAAGUUAAUGACGUGUUUGAGAGAGAUGCUGUGUGUAUGAAAAUAUCUGUUCUUUUGUUUUUUUACACAAAUUAAAAGUAUUUUGUUUAUGUUAAA